AUGUCCAACACAGACUUCCUCGACCGUGCGAUCAAGCAGGUCCGCUUAGCAAUCGACGCCGACAAUGCCGCACAGUACGAGAAGGCCUACCAACUCUACUACCAAGCCCUCGAGCUGUUCAUGCUCGCGCUCAAGUGGGAGAAGAACCCCAAAUCCAAGGAGAUGAUCCGCGCCAAGACAAGCGAGUACAUGGACCGGGCCGAGAAACUGAAAGCACAUUUACAAGACAUGGAGGCGAAACGAAAGAAACCGGGCAUGGUCGGUGCUAACGGCACGACCACCGGAGGGACAGGGAAAGGAAAAGUUGCUGGCGAAGACGAUGAUGGUCUGGACGAGGACAGCAAAAAGCUGCGUAACGCCCUGGCUGGCGCUAUCCUGCAGGAGAGGCCGAACGUCAGGUGGGACGACGUGGCUGGUCUUGACAGCGCAAAGGAGGCGCUCAAGGAGGCUGUCCUGCUUCCUAUCAAGUUCCCGCACCUUUUUCACGGUAAGAGGCAGCCGUGGAGGGGUAUCUUGCUCUACGGGCCGCCAGGAACGGGUAAGAGUUAUCUUGCCAAGGCUGUGGCCACCGAGGCGAAGAGCACAUUCUUCAGCAUCAGCAGCUCAGAUCUGGUAAGCAAGUGGAUGGGUGAGAGCGAAAGGCUCGUAAAACAACUCUUUGCGAUGGCUCGCGAAAACAAGCCCUCAAUCAUCUUCAUCGACGAGAUCGACGCCCUCUGCGGGCCACGUGGCGAAGGCGAGUCGGAAGCCUCGCGCCGCAUCAAGACCGAGAUGCUCGUGCAAAUGGACGGCGUGGGCAAGGACAGCUCGGGCGUGCUAAUCCUGGGUGCCACCAACAUCCCGUGGCAACUCGACGCUGCCAUUCGUCGACGGUUCCAGCGCCGAAUACACAUCGGCCUGCCCGAUCUUGCUGCGCGUACCACCAUGUUCAAGCUUGCCGUCGGCGACACCAGGACCGCCCUCAAGCCCGAAGACUUCCGUGAGCUGGCCCGCGCAUCGGAGGGCUACUCCGGGUCGGAUAUCAGUAUUGUUGUACAGGACGCGCUGAUGCAGCCUGUGCGGAAAAUCCAGCAGGCGACGCACUUCAAGAAGGUCGUCGUCGACGGCCAAGAGAAACUCACCCCCUGCUCUCCAGGCGACCCAGCCGCUAUUGAGAUGACAUGGGAGCAGGUUGAGGCCGACCAGCUUCUCGAGCCUCUUGUUGAGAAGAGAGACUUCCUGCGGGCCAUCAAGGCUAGCAGACCGACCGUGUCAGAAGAGGACCUUAAACGCAACGAAGAAUGGACAAGAGAGUUCGGCAGCGAGGGCGCAUAA